GCCAAGUACACCUCCAAGCAAAGCUUUAAGCUCUGCUCUGCUUUCCAGUCCCCUGCUCCCCAUCCUCCAUCUCGAAGCUGCAGCGCACGGCCGAUCCACCAAUGUGCACCACCACCCCCAUGCCACCGGCGCCGCCGGUGGCGCUGGUCGGCGGCAAGGGCGGCCACCACGUCUACGUCACGGUGCCCCAGCGCGCGGAAGGCGACGCGGCCGGCCAUUGCGGCCGCGAGCUCAAGUGCCGAGCCGUGCCCCUGCUGGCGGCAGGGGAGACCGUCCAGGAGGCGGCGGCGCUGUGCCGGCUCGCGUUCCCGAUCGCGCUGACGGCGCUGCUGCUCUACUCGCGGACGGCCCUGUCGAUGCUCUUUCUGGGCUCCAUCGGCGACCUCCCGCUGGCGGCCGGGUCCCUCGCCAUCGCCUUCGCCAACAUCACCGGCUACUCGGUGCUGUCAGGGCUCUCGCUCGGCAUGGACCCGCUCUGCUCCCAGGCGUUCGGCGCCAACCAGCCGCGCCUGCUCGGCCUCACUCUCUACCGCUCCGUCCUCUUCCUGCUCUGCUGCUCGCUGCCGCUCUCCGCGCUCUGGCUCAACAUGUCCAAGAUCCUAGUCUUCCUGGGCCAGGACCGCGAGAUCACGGCGCUCGCGCAGGAGUACAUCCUCUUCUCCCUCCCCGACCUCUUCUCCUUCUCCAUCAUCCACCCGCUCCGCGUGUACCUCCGAUCACAGGGGAUCACGCGCCCGCUCGCCGCAGCCGCGGGCGCCGCUGUGCUGUUCCACGUGCCGGCGAACUACGUGCUGGUAGGGCAUCUCGGGCUCGGCGCGCCCGGGGUGGCCGCCGCGGCGUCGGCGUCCAACUUCGUGCUCCUCGGCGUGCUGCUCGCGUACGUCGUCGGCCGGCGCGAUGCGGCGCUGCUCGCGGCGGGGCCGCCCACGGUGGAGUGGCUCGCCGGGUGGGGCCCGCUAGCGCGGCUGGCCGCGCCGAGCUGCGUGUCGGUGUGCCUGGAGUGGUGGUGGUACGAGGUGAUGAUCCUGCUCUGCGGCCUCCUGCCGGACCCGAAGCCGGCGGUGGCGUCCAUGGGCGUGCUUAUGCAGACGACGGCGCUGGUGUACGUGUUCCCCUCGUCGCUGGGUUUCGGGGUGUCCACGCGGGUGGGCAACGAGCUGGGCGCCAACCGCCCGGGCCGCGCGCGCGCGGCGGCGCACGUGGCCGUGGCCGGCGCGGCGGCCAUGGGGCUCGCGGCCAUGUCGUUCGCGGCCGGGGUGCGCCACGCGUGGGGGCGCAUGUUCACCGCCGACGCCGACAUCCUCCGGUUGACCGCGGCCGCGCUCCCGAUCGUGGGGCUCUGCGAGCUCGGCAACUGCCCGCAGACCGUCGGCUGCGGCGUGCUCCGCGGCAGCGCGCGGCCGACCCGCGCCGCGCACGUCAACCUGGGCGCCUUCUACCUGGUGGGCAUGCCCGUGGCCGUGCUCCUGGCGUUCGGGCUCGGCGUGGGCUUCGUCGGGCUCUGGAUGGGCCUCCUGGCGGCGCAGGUGUGCUGCGCCGGGCUCAUGCUCUGCGUCGUCGGCUCCACCGACUGGGAGGCGCAGGCGCGGCGGGCGCAGGAGCUGACGUCAUGCUCGCCGGCCGACGUGGAGAAGCCCGGGGCCCACAGGUCAGCGACGGCCGCGGGAGAGGGAGGCAGGCCGGAGAAGGGAGCAGGUAGGCAUGAAGCGGAAGUGCUACGAGCCAUUGAUCUCCAACAGUGAGGAGACCAUGCCUGAAACUGUGUAGGCUGCUUCAAGAUUGGUGAAAAAGCCAAAGAGCCACCGUAAUUUUUUUCUUACUCUCUGAUGAAUUGGAACUACUGUUAGUGCUAGUACUCCAGCGCUAAUGGUAAUGAAUUUAACUUUUUUUUUCCUUUCUUGUUCGCUUGGCUUUUGCAUCGCGGAUAGUUCGGUGGUGUUAAGGUGUUCUAAGGGGACUGGGCACCCUUCUAAUUACUAUCUCUCGAUGGAGAAGUACUGUAUUUUUGCCAAUUUUGUAAAUCCUCUGUACUUCCCCUUCUUCCUUUUAGUUCCAUCACCCAUUUGUAAUGACAUUUGAAUUUUCAGUCCAAAGAUAUGUACA